AGAGAGAUAUUGAGAUAGGGUGCUAAACCUUUCUGAGCUGAGAGGCUGCCUCCUCCCUCUCUUGCCAUUUCUCUUUGAAUCUGGUUUUUGUUUUUUAAAAAAGAAGAACUUGUAAGGAGUGCCUUCGACUCUUAUGGAUAGAGGAGAACAUUUUUUUUCCAGCUAUCUUUUUCAUUUGAAAAUUGUCCCGUGCUCUGAUUGGAUUUGGUUUUGCAUUACAUGCUGGCUGUAAAUCUAAUCUGAAGGGUUGGAUUUAAUCUGAUUCUCCAAGAACUGCUGGAAGAUUUCACCCAUGUUAACAGGCAUGGAUUUGUAGAAGAAUUCCAUAUACUAAAGAGGAGAAUAAUAAAAAAAAGUUGUGUCAUCUCUGGGAAGUGAGAAGAAAUGCCUCCUGUAGGAAGAUACUUGAUCACUUCCAUCUUGGCGCUACUUCUUCUCUGGGGUGGAGAGAAGAUUAAAGCUCACAGGGCAGGUUGUAAAAAUGUUCACUAUGACUUGAUCUUCUUGCUGGACACUUCCUCCAGCGUGGGCAAAGAAGACUUUGAGAAGGUCCGCCAAUGGAUAGCCCACCUGGUGGACACUUUUGAGAUCGGACCAGACAAAACCCGUGUUGGGGUCGUCCGGUACAGUGAUCAACCAGCCACUGAGUUCGACCUUGGAAGUUAUGGGACUCAGCAAGAGAUCAAAGAAGCUGCAAAGGGCAUCAAAUACUACGGAGGGAACACAAACACUGGAGAUGCCCUGCGGUACAUCAAUAGUUACAGUUUUUCCGCACAGGCCGGUGGGAGGCCAAAUGAUAACGCCAUCAAGAAAGUUGUGAUCCUCCUGACGGAUGGCAGGAGCCAAGAUUACGUCUUGAGUCCGGCCACGGCAGCGCAUAAGGCCGGCAUCCGGAUUUUUGCGGUGGGUGUCGGGGAUGCCCUUAAAGAAGAACUGGAUGAAAUUGCUUCUGAGCCAAAAUCGGCCCACGUCUUCCAUGUCUCUGAUUACAACGCUAUUGAUAAGAUACGGGAGAAGCUGAGAAGAAGGCUUUGCGAGAAUGUCCUGUGUCCAAAUGUCCACGUAGAAGGAGACAGGUUCAGACACACCAAUGGAGAAAUGGAUGACAUACCAGGGUUUGACUUGAUGGAAUUAUUCAGUGUACGGGAGAUAUUCCGAAUGAAAGAUGAUGGAAUCCAGAGCUCUUAUGUUCGGCUAGGAAGUUUUCCCAUCGUUCAGCGAACACAAGAUGUCUUCCCACAAGGGCUUCCGGAUGAGUAUGCUUUUGUUGCCACUUUCAAAUUCCGCAAGUCAUCCAGGCGAGAAGAUUGGUACAUUUGGCAGAUCAUUGACAAAUAUGGCAUACCACAGGUUUCUAUCCGGUUGGAUGGGGAGAACAAAGCCUUGGAGUACAAUGCAAUUGGACUCACCAGAGAUGCUGUGAGAGUCGUUUUCAGAAACGGACCUGUCAAUGACCUGUUUGAUCGUAACUGGCAUAAGAUUGCACUGAGCAUCCAGUCCCAGACGGUCUCCUUGUACAUCGAUUGCAAACUGGUCCAGACAUUACCUAUUGAAGACAGAGAAAAUAUUGACAUUCAAGGGAAAACGGUGAUCGGCAAACGCCUUUAUGACAGUGUGCCAAUUGAUUUCGACCUUCAGCGGAUGGUUAUUUAUUGUGAUUCACGACAUGCCGAGCUUGAAACCUGCUGUGAUAUUCAUUCUGGACCUUGUCAAGUGACCAUAGUUACAGAUGUUCCCCCUACUGUAAUUCCACCAACUGUUGGAAAUGAGCAUGUUGGACCUACCAAGACAGUCAACUGUUCCUGUCCUCCCGGAGAAAAGGGGGAGAGAGGCCUUCCUGGAUUUGAAGGAUUGAGAGGACAAAAGGGAGACAUUGGACCAGUUGGACCUUCUGGCCCAAAAGGAGACAAAGGAGAACCAGGUGGGGAAACAUUUGGACGAGCAGAAAAAGGACAAAAGGGUGAAAAGGGACCCCAAGGUUUACCUGGCUUAAUGGGCGAGAGAGGAGAAAAGGGUUCCAUUGGUACGGCUGGCGUCCCAGGGAGCGAUGGAGCCAAAGGAGAAACUGGAGAACCUGGUCUUCCUGGAGCAACUGGCCUUCCUGGACCAUCUGGCCCAAAGGGAGAAGAAGGGGGUUCAGGUCCCCCAGGACGUCAAGGUUAUGUUGGAGCACCUGGUUUGCAAGGGGAAAGAGGAGAAAAAGGACCACGUGGUGACAAGGGAGAACGUGGCCUAGAUGGUUUUCCUGGGAAGGCUGGCUUGGAUGGAAAACAGGGUGCCAAAGGAAGUCCAGGUCAACCUGGACCUGUAGGACUGCAAGGAGAGAAGGGUGAUAUCGGUCCCCCUGGUAAACCAGGCUCAGCAGUACAGAUCGAAGGCUUGAAAGGAGAGCAAGGAGCUCCUGGCCCACGGGGGCCUAUGGGGCCUCCAGGAACUCCAGGUACCCCAGGAUCACCCGGAUCAGAAGGCAAGAUGGGACCUCCAGGUCUACAAGGUCUACGGGGCAAGAAAGGAGAAGUAGGUCUCGCCGGAGUUGAUGGAUUACCGGGACCUUCUGGUCCCCCAGGACCUCCUGGAAUUGUUGGUUCUCCUGGACUUGAUGGAUCUCCAGGUCAACCAGGAGAAACUGGCAGAAAAGGUGAAAGUGGGCCACCGGGUUUACCUGGAAAAUCUGGUCAAGAUGGUUUACCUGGUCUUCCAGGCUCAAAAGGAGAACAAGGGGAAAGGGGAGAAGUUGGUAAAGCAGGCUCCAAGGGUGAAUCAGGCCCCCCAGGACCGUCUGGCAUAGUCGGGGAAAGGGGUGAAGCUGGUCUCCCAGGCCCACCUGGUUUGCCUGGUCCAAGAGGAGAAAAGGGAAGCCAGGGUGACAAAGGAAGAGCUGGGCUCACUGGCUUCAAAGGUGACAGAGGAGAAAAGGGUGAAAUUGGUGCUCCUGGCCUCCCAGGUCAACCUGGAAAAACUACCCCAUUUACACCAAGGCCUAGUAUUCCUGGAGAACAAGGGCCAAAAGGUGAAAAAGGUGAUCGUGGAGAAAGAGGUGAACCCGGAGAACAAGGUGUUCCAGGAGAACAGGGUCCAAUCGGACCAGCUGGGCAACAGGGUCUGAAAGGACAAGAAGGGGAAGUAGGUCAACCUGGACCUCCAGGAGAAAUUGGUCCCCCUGGACCUGAAGGACCAUCUGGCCCACGUGGUUUGCCUGGGAAUGUGGGUAUACCAGGAGCUGAUGGUCAGCCAGGAAUUGAUGGAGAAAAAGGAGAAAAGGGAGAACCUGGUAAGGAAGGAAAAUCAGGUCCACCUGGUCCUACAGGUGAACCAGGAGCUGUUGGAGAACCUGGAUUACCUGGAAAGGGUCGAGAUGGAGAAAGGGGUGAAAGAGGUCCACCAGGUUUACCUGGAUCCUUUGGGCCUAAGGGAGAUCGAGGCGCCCCAGGUGUUCCAGGUCAACCAGGAGAUAGAGGAGCCCCAGGUGUUGGACUUUCAGGGCCACUAGGACCUGUGGGACCUCCUGGAGACAAAGGGCCACCGGGUCCUCGCGGCCUGCCAGGCAUCCAAGGUCCCCCUGGACAGACUGGUCAUGAUGGCUUACCAGGAAAUCCAGGAGAAAGGGGACCACCAGGAAAAACAGGUCCCACUCCUCUCCUUAACCCUGACGACAUCAGACUAUUAGUUAAGGAUGUUUGCACUGAUUGUCCUCCUGGACCAUCCGGUCUCCCUGGAAUCCCAGGACAGAAGGGUGAUAAAGGCCUUCGAGGCCCACCUGGGAAUGAUGGACCAGUUGGAAAAAGGGGAGAACCUGGGCUCAGAGGUCCCCCCGGGCCUCCAGGAGCAGAAGGUCCCAAGGGUCCUAAAGGAGGUGAUGGGGCAUCUGGUGAAGCUGGACUGAAAGGUGAACAGGGUCAUCCUGGAAUACCUGGUUUCACGGGUCCCCCUGGGAAUCCAGGCCCAGCUGGACCAGAGGGCUCCCCGGGACCUAUAGGCUCUCCAGGACCUCCAGGAGAAGUGGGGAAAGAAGGUCCCCCAGGACCUCAGGGACCCCCAGGAUUGCUUGGACUUAUGGGUGUACCUGGAAAGGAUGGCAAAGAUGGCAAGCCAGGAUCACCUGGGGAACCGGGUAAGCCUGGAGAACCGGGGCUACCAGGCCAAGAGGGUGCCAGAGGACCACCGGGUUUCAAGGGUCCAAUAGGAGAUGCAGGAAAUCCUGGGAUGAGAGGAGAACCAGGUCAACCUGGAACUCCGGGCCGGGAGGGGCUUUCGGGAAAAGAUGGAGAUCCAGGACCUGCGGGACCAGAAGGCCCCCGAGGAAUUCGAGGACUAGCAGGCAAGACUGGACCUCCAGGUGCACCUGGGGAACCUGGUCCUGCAGGUAACCCAGGCUCCAAGGGAAGCAAAGGUGAAACUGGCAGUCCAGGCGUUCCUGGUUUCAUUGGGCCACGAGGUCUUCCUGGAGAACCAGGUGAAAAGGGGGUCCCAGGGAAAGAGGGCACCUCAGGGAGUCCAGGAGAACACGGACAAAAAGGCGACAGGGGGGAUCCUGGAACUAAAGGUGAAAAAGGGCCAGCAGGAGUGAAGGGACCACCAGGUGAUCCAGGAGUUCCUGGCCGCAAAGGACACACAGGAUUAAUGGGUCCCUCAGGACCAUCAGGAGAGUCAGGACAAGUUGGGCCUCCUGGUCCUCCAGGCCAACCUGGAUUUCCUGGGCCUAGAGGGGAUCCUCCAUCAACAGAAACACUGCGAAGACUCAUCCAAGAAGAGUUAGGAAAACAACUUGAUGCUAGACUGCCCUACCUCAUAAGCCAGUUACAGCCUUCCCAGAUCAAAGCACCUCAAGGUAGACCAGGGCCUCCUGGAUCACCUGGAAAGGAAGGCCUUCCAGGUAGAGUUGGCCCUCCUGGAGAACCUGGCAGACCUGGGCAACCAGGUUCAGAAGGUCCAUUGGGACCUAUGGGACCAAAAGGUGUCAGAGGAGAGAAAGGAGAGAAGGGAGAUGCUGGCAUUGGCCAGAGGGGUGAAACUGGUCCCCCAGGAGUAGCAGGUGUCCCAGGUGAACCUGGCUACGGUAAGGAUGGCGUUCCUGGAGUCCAAGGCGCUCAAGGUGAAGCUGGCACUCCUGGCCUUAUGGGACCCCCAGGACCUCCAGGGGCCAAUGGACAAUGUGACCCCUCCCAGUGUGCUUAUUAUGCAAGCUUUGCUGCUCGGCCCAGCAACGUCAAAGGUCCUUAAAAUUGUAUCCUCCAUUGCUGCUUGUGGACCUCUCGUGGACCUUCUUCGGAAAACUUGGAUGAAGCAAGGGAGUUGGGAGAUCCUGUCUCUUUUGCUUCUGUUCUUUGACAAGGAGCACGGAGACUCUGGAAAUAAAAUGCUGCCGGAAAGUCGGGUUUUUAUGAUGAAGAAAUGAUUAAUUCGCGUUAUUUUAUGCAGUGAGAAGUGAUUUUUCUAGGAAGAUUUUCUUUUUUUUUAAAGAAUAUUUUUUAUAUAAAGAUUGAGGUUGAAUUUUUCCCCUUUUGUAGAUGGUCUUCUAAAAAGUUCAUGUGGAACAGAAAGGAAAGGAAAAGGGUGGGUAAGUAGAUGCUAGGGGCCUGGAUUUCUGUUUGCUAGCUUAGCCACCAUUCAUAGGUGAAACAUCUGGAGAUGCUGUGAUAUUGGCUAUUAAGGCUUUAGGUUAGGUUAGGUUUGGUUUAUUAAAUUUGUAUACCGCCCUUCUCCUGAAGGACUCAGGGCGGAGAACAGCCAAAAUUAAAAUACAUACAGUAUAAAAAUUAAAAUAAAUUAAAACAGAAUUAGAUCAGUUUGGCUUCCCCAAAUUUUAAAACCCUUUGUCCUGCAAGUGUUCCAUAGAAAUUUAGUUGUAGCAAUCUCAAUCUUUUGAGGGCAACAGGACAGAGCGAAGAGGGCAAUUUGCACGUGUCUUUGCACACUCCUUAGGAAUCUAUGGUAUUUUGCUCACCGUGGUUGAGCACUAACAUCUCUGUAAAAAUUUCCUGGCAGUGAGAACAAUUAAUCUGUGGGAUGCUCCAUCACUGGAGGUUUUUAAAAAAGAGAUUGGACAGCCAUUUGUCCAGAAUGAUAUAGGGUGUCAGAGUUUCUUGCAAAAAUCAAACCAAAAAUCAAAAGCACACACAGAUAACUGAUUCAGCAGGAUUCAUUAACUUCUCUUUAUAUACAUAAUAACAGAUGAAGUAAAUUUUACAAUACCAAUAGCAGAGUUCUUUCAACGAGGUUGAAGUUACAGGCAAAACACACAGGCAGCAGUACAGUUAGUUUCAUUUCAGCAGAGCAGACUAGUUUCAGUUUCUCUGCACAGAUUCAGAAGCUGCAGACUAAGACUCCAAUCUGUGUCAGCUCCCAAUUAGAUGACUUAGUUGCUAUGCCUAGUCAUUGGCUGACCUUGUUACCAUGUCUCCAUUCAGUCCACAUUGGCUGAACUAUUCCAGUCCAUGAAUAUUCAUACUCUGACAUAGGGUACCCUGCUUGAGUAGGGAAUUAGACUAGAAAACUUUCAAGGUCCUUUCCAACGCUGUUAUUCUAUUAUUAGGAGAAAAAUCAGUAGUAGGAGGAGGAAAGUCCUGGCAACAGUCUCAGACAGCAGCAUGAACAAUGCUUCCUCUAUGUAUCUUUCACUGAGACCAAUUUGCAGGUCCAGAAUUACUCUUCAAAAAACCUUCUGUGAUCCUAAGCACAUCUUUCUAAUUGCAAUCGGAGACCUUCACCAGAUCCAGCUUUUUUUUUUAAUCAACAGAACCGUUGAUUUUGCCGUUAUUUGCUUGUUCAGUAAAAUGCAUCUGUGAAAAUUCAUUUUUCAUCUUUUUUUUUUAAAAAAAACCCCCACACCUUUGACCUAAAUCCCAAUAAGAUAGCCGAUCCUUUAGCAGUGCAACAGUGGGUUAUGUCUGCUCCUAAGCAUACUUUUAGUACUUGAUCUCUUAUAAAUAUGACCAGCCAUGCACUUUCAAAAUAAAUUUCUGGGAAACUGUGAAAAUAAUAAUUCUACCACUAUAAUCUUUUCCCAAAGCUUAUUUAGCUAAGCUUGUUACUGUCUUCUGUGGAAGCUUAGCAGCAGUUCCCUAAUGAAACUAAGCAGCCAAUGCAAGAGAAUAGCUCAGAGCUGAACGGUGGGGUCCUUGGUGCUUUUUGAGCUUGGUUGUCCCAAAGGUGCUUUUUCGGGAGGCAACUGGAUUCUCUUGUUGUUGUUUUUUUCUUUUGAAGUUGUUUCGCUUCUCAUCCAAGAAGCUUCUUCAGCUCUGACAGGAUAGUGGGGAAUGGAAGGAUUUGGGACAACCAUGAUCUGGAUGACUGAGAAUCUCUACAGACUCUGAACUUGGUUGUUUUCUUGCAGAUGUUCCAUGAUCCAACUAGGUAAUAUCAUCAGUGCACAGCACAACACAGUACCCUGACAAUGAUACCUAGUUGGGUCAUGAAAUGUCUCUAAGGAAACAACCCAGCUCAGAGAGCAUCACGGACCCUGCAACUUAAGAAACAUUAUUUCUUCAGCCCUAGCAUUCUUUCUUCCUACAAGAAAGAUAGCAAAGUUUGAACCACGAUCUCAGGCAUGCAAAGAAAUUGUUUUCAAUUUGGGUUCUUGCAGCGCAUGAAUUGUAUCUUUGAAUAGAACAGAAUAGAAUUCUUUAUUGGCCAAGUGUGGUUGGACAUACAAGGAAUUUGUCUUGGUGCAUAUGCUCUCAGUGUACGUAAAAGAAAAGAUACAUUUGUCAAGAAUCAUAAGGUACAACACUUAAUGAUAGUCAUGUUGUGACCCAGGCCCAAAUUAAGUAGUAGGAAUAUCAGCCAGUGAAAAAACAAACAAACUUUAUUCAAAUAGUCGAGAAUUACUUCAUUCCCAGCGUCGUUCAACUAAAUUAAAGCAAAUUCCUCCCAACACAAAUUCCCUAGUCCUAUCGCAAACCUUAGUCCAAUUAGGCAAACUGCCAAAGGCCUUUCUUGGCAAAUGUUCAGAAGUCACAGAUACAAAAAUAAAUACAAGAUGUAGACUAAGAAGAAGAUGAAGCUACCAACAUUGUUUUCCGGCAAAGCCCAAAUACCGUUGCUGGUCUGUUUUAAGCCUUAUGGGAGGGGCCAAUCAUCUCUUGGCCCUACUCCCGAGUUGUCCUCUUUGCUUGAGCUGCUCUUGCCUUCUGGCAGCUCUUGUCAUGCGUGCAUUAGGAACAGGCUCCUCCUGGUCCUCUGUCUCACUCCUAUCAGUCUCUGGAGGCUCUGGAGUCUGCACCUCACUCUCUGAUGGCCCUGGCCCCAUCUCUGCCUCUGACGCAGAGCCCUCAUCCAGAUCUUCCCCAGCCUCCAGGACUGGCCCAUGUUCUUCCUCAGCCUCAUCGCUGUCUGACUCGGCUGCUAGCUCCGCAGGCUGCUGGCGGACCACAACAAGUCAUAGGGAAACAGUCAAUAUAAAUCUUAAGGAUACCAGCAACAAGGUUACGGUCAUACAGUCAUAAGUGGAAGGAGAUGGAUGGUGGGAACGAUGAGAAGAUUAAUAGUAGUACAGACUUAGUAACUAGUUCGACAGUGUUGAGGGAAUUAUUUGUUUAGCAGAGUGAUGGCAUGCAGGGAAAAACUGUUCUUGUGUCUAGUUGUUCUGGUGUGCAGUGCCCUAUAGCGUCUUUUUGAGGGUAGGAGUUGAAACAGUUUAUGUCCAGGAUGCAAGGGCUAUUUUCACAGCCCUCUUUUUGACUCGUACAGUAUACCCAAUGAAUAUACAAUGCCAUGAAAAAGACAUGUGCUUUGUGCUCAAGAUCAUCAUGUAUGUGUGUAUGUACACACAGAAAGUCUUCUGAUUCCUUUGUAAAACGGUCUAACUUUAACUUUGUGUUCUGAAGCAUGAAAUGUAUACAGGAUCCAGCCAAUUAUUCAACAGUUAUUUGGAGGCAUGAGGGAAAUUAUUGCACAUAAAGAAACAACGUUCUACUAUUUCAAA